AUGGAACAUCUAAAGGCAAGUAGUACCAGUGGGGGAAAGAGGAAGAGCCCCUGUGAGUAAAAAAACAACGAAAAUGACAAGACACAGGAGACACCAAACAGAGUCUUGGCCUCUGAACCAAACUCAAAAAGAACAAAAACAUCAGAACCAACUUUAAAAAAUCAAAACACCCAACAACAUCAGGUGAAGCAGCGCAGGCUGCCCAACUUGUGA